AAACACUUGGUUUUUAUUUUGGAGAACUUUGAAUUUUUCGGUCGGGUUUCGCAUCGGUUGGCUAGGCCGUGGUUAAGGCAAAAACCAUGGGUUCUUGACUAACCACCCACCCAGCGAUGGGAAGAUCUUCCCAUCGAUGGGUAAGCGGCCCCUCAGCCAAACCAGUUUCCAGAACCAUGCCAAACAGCGAUGGGGAGUUCCACCCAUCGCUGUUAAAGCCUUGGUGCAAUAUUAACACAAGGCAGAACGACCUUGCCCAGCGAUGGGAAACCUAUCCCAUCGAUGGGAACCCAGCGAUG